UGUCACACCGGAGGUCGAGAAGGUGAUGCAGACACAUAUUAGGCUCACAAAAGGCAGCAAAAUUGCAAACAUCACCGAUUGGAGCUAUCAAGUUAGGGGGCUGUUCGGUCAAGCAAACACUGUCUCUCAUGAAACAAAAGUCUGUACUUGCCAAGUGUUCCAGAAACUCAAAAUCCCUUGCGGCCAUGCUCUGUUAGCUGCGGACUACAUUGGACUCUCCUAUGCCCAACUGUUUGGAGAUUGCUACAAGACACAAUCAUGGAUCGACACCUAUGCAGGAGUCAUAUACCCUGAGGCCCCCUUGGGAGAUCACCCAGUAGCUGAUUCGAUCACAAUGCUCCCCCCCAGACUCGCCGACCAUCUGGACGCCCCAAAGAUAAGCGCGUUGCAUCAACAGGAGAGAUCCCGCCCCCAAAGAAGAAAAAACUUAUUCCUAACAAAUGUGGGCGAUGUGGCCGUACCGGUCACAACAGAACCAACUGCAUUAUCCCCAUCUGACUGGGGUGAAUCCUAUAUCCACCGGAAAUUACCUUUUGGAUAGCGCAUUCACCCCCCAAGAGGAUCCUUUUUGUGGUUUUAGUUUUUGGGAUGUAAUAACAAUUGAACAUGUAUUGAGUGUUUUGCGUUCGCUACAACUUUCACUACUUCUUUUCUAGUCCGCGCAUUACUUAGUUCAUCUGGGCUCUACACCUCAACACGAUUUCAUGUCCAACUGGAUAUCUAUUAAAUGUGUACACCACCUGCAUCGCUUUACUACUUAAAUUGCCUCAUAUUAAAAAUCUGCAUCGCUUUAUAC